AAUGCCAAAAAUUGAAAAUACUACAGGAAUGCCAAUUAAUUUGAUUAUAGAUGAAUUAAAAAGUGAUGAUAUUAGAAAAAGAAUUCAUUCAGUCAAACACUUAGAUUUGAUUGCUAGUACUAUAGGUCCAGAGAGAACUAAAAAUGAAUUAAUCCCUUUCAUUUAAGGUAUGCAAAAAUAUCAUGUAGAAUUGCUUGAUGAUGAUGAUGAAGUCUUAAUUGAAUUAGUUGAAUCUCUAUCUAAGAAUUUUAUUGAGCUUGUUGGUGGAUAAGUAUAAGUUUUGCUACCUACUUUUGAAGCAUUAUGUAGAGUGGAAGAUGCUUAAGUAAGAGAAAAAGUAAUACAUUUCAUAAUAUCGAGGCUGCUAAUCAAUUAAAGAAAUGUUUUACAAUGUUGCCUGAUUAAAAGAAGGUUGAAGAAUUAUCAAUGGGGAUUAUUAAAAGAUUAAAUGAUAGUGAUUAUUAUUUAGCUAAAAAUGCUGUUGUAAUAUUGGUGCCGUCAAUUAUUAAUUAAGUAUCAUAGAACAAUUAGAAUGAAUUGAUUAACAUCAUACUAAAAAUUUCUUAAGAUCAAAUUCCUUAAGUUAGAAAAUUUUCAUCUAUGUAUUUUUAAGUAUUUUGUUACGUAAUUGCAGGAUUUUGUAAAGCAUUUUCCAAUUGUAAAUGAAGCCUUCAUUUAAAAUACAUUAAAUUCAUUCAUAAAAGAUGAAUAAGAUUUUAUCAGAAUGUAUAUAGUUGAUGCAUUAAUUGCCUCAAGUAAAACUGCAUUUUUUUAAAAACAGUAAACCUUUGUUCUUAAUAUGUUUAAAUAAUUGGCAGAAGAUCAAUCAUGGAGAGUAAGAUUUUAUUUUUGUGAUAAAUUAGCUGAUGUAUUCAAAAAUAUUAAUUUAAUUAGAUUGGAGAUUCAGUGGGUAAAGAAAGUUAUCGAAAAAAUUUUUAAAAUUACCAUCUGAAGUUUUUAUAAGAUAAUGAACCAGAAAUGAAAUCUAUAGCAGCAUUAAAAAUAGAAAAAUUAUGUUCUUUUAUGGAUGCAGAAGAAAUUAUGAAUAAAUUAAUUCCACUUUUGAAAUCAAUUCAAUCAGAUUAAAACUCAUUUGUUAGAAGUAUAUUUUGAUUUAUAAAAUACCUUUAGAUUCCUUAGCUUCUUCAGUAUUAUCAUUAUCACCAAUUAUUGGUAAGAAAAAUUCAAGUGAAUAAAUUUUACCCAUUUUCUUAACUUUAUUAAAAGAUUAAGAUUCUGAAGUUAGAAUUACAUUAUUCAAAAAAUUAAGUUUGAUCACAAGUGUAUUAGGAGUUGAUUCUUUAUCUUAAAGUGUUAUACCAGCCUUGACAGAAUUAGCUUAAGAUAAAAAUUGGAGAAUUCGAGCAUCUACAAUAGAAGUACUAAGCUUCUUUGCCAGAGCAAUAGGUCCAGAAUUUUUAUCAGAUAAAGUUUUGAAAUUACUUUUAGAUUGGCUUGGUGAUAAAGUCUAUGCUGUUAGAUAAACAGCAAUUUAAUAAACUGCUUUAUUGAUAUAAAUUCUUGGUAUUUAAUGGGCUGAUAAAAAUUUGUUAACUAAAAUUUGGGGUUUUUAAUCUAUUCAAAAUUAUCUUCAAAGACUAACAGUAUUAUUUACAAUAACAGUAUACUUAAUUUUAUAUUAUAAUUUAGCAAAUAGCAUCUUCAUUAAAUAAUGAUUACAUAUUAAAAACAAUUCUUCCUCUUUUAUAAUAAAUGUCAAAGGACUCAGUUGCUAAUAUCAGAAGCAAUGUUUGCAAGACAUCUAUUUUAUUAGCAAAAGAGAAAGGGGGAAAUGUAGUUGAGCCAUUGAAAAAAGUUUUAUAAUCUCUUUGUGAUGAUUAAGAUGCAGAGGUUAAAUAUUAGGCAAAAAGUGCUUUAGAAUCAUUAUGA